UCCAGCGGUUUAAGAAUUGAGACGAGACGACGUCAUUGGUCGACCGACCGACGAAGAAGGCAAAGAAGCCAAACCCCAAACUCUCUCUUUUUUUCUCUCUUUUCCUCAAACACAUUGUGGAUUCGCGAUAAUAACCCCCCUUUUGUCUCUUUGUCAAAUUUCUUCAUCUCCGCCCGUGGUAAAGAAAACCUCGAUAGGUUCCAAAAGUUCGUUUUUUUUUCUCGGUAUCAUCGCCUCCACUCCAGUGGGCUUUUGGAGGAUUCAAGGAGGAAAUUUGGCUCGUUUUUGAGCGUGAUUUGGGGCUAUGAGGAAGAAGCUCGAAACUCGUUUUCCCGCGGAUUAGUAAUGAUCCAGUAGUGGAACCGUAGCCACCAGUAUUUAUAGAUCAAGCAUGAGAACAGCUUUCUCAAUAUGCUUCCUCCAUUUCCUAAGUCUCGAAUAAAAAGAUUAUGCAAGCAGAUGAAGAUGUUGGGAAGAUUGCAUUGGCGGUACCUGUUUUAGUAUGUGGGACCACCACACCUCUCUCAAACCCCAUCCUCAAUUGACACUCCCGCUUUUCACCUCAAUCCCACCCUCAUCCCUCGAACCCCUAUCAACCUUCCAAUGCCCACCCUCAUUCCCAUCCUCUCAGCUAUGUCAAGCCUGCUCACCCCAUCAAUGUUGCCACCCCUUGCCUUGCCUCCAUUGCCAUUGUCAUUGCCUCCAAGCCCAAGCCCUCCUUUUGCUAGUGGGACCAUCACCAUGCCACCCAUGUGCUACCUGCAUGCCCCCUCCUGACCUCCCAUCCCCCCCCCUUCCUCUCUCUAUACAUACCCCUCAAUCUCUGCUUUCUCUAGGCGUUCAUUGAAGUAACAAAGCGGAGAGAGAUCUUGACUUGGCCAACCUAGUACCUGAAGUACUACUAUAGAAGAAAUCUUCUUCCUUCCAUGAUGUUUAAGAUCUUGCUGGUAGUGGAGACUACCAUCUGAUGGAGGUGUAGAUGGAGGAGGGCACCCCAUCGAAGAUCCCCAUCAAGUCCAUUGUUGAGAUCUAUGGCAUCCCCUCAUCACACCUAUAAGGGAGCGCCUUGAAUACUAUUACUUCCAUGGCUAGAACGCUUGCUUCUAGUCCCACUUUAGGUACAGCUCCACCAUCAUUUGCCUUAAUGUGCCCUUGGUCCUUCAUGGUCUCUGACCCCAAGGUUGUGGCCGUCCUUGACACCUAGAGUUUCUAGAUCUAAAAAUUCAGAAAGACUUGUUGGAAUCCAGGUUGGGUUGGUCUGACCAAAAAAGGCAUGGGGUAUCCAAGGUUGAGAAAAGCAUCUUCGUGGUGACCCAUCGCCUUUACCAGCAGCUUCCGCAUCUGGUGCUAUCUCAACCACUUAAAGCCCACCCAUGCUAACAUCUGGCAACUCCUCUUCAACCUCCUCACUUCUUGCAAGUCCCAUGUCAUCCCCACCCUUGGCACCAACUUUGCCACUCUCUUGCAAGUUGAGCCGAUCAUGGGCCGGGCUUGGGCACAAAAAAUGUCAAAUUAUAAGUAAAUCCGACCCAAAGCCCAACGAAAAAUGAAUAUAGUUUAGGCUCGAGGUCCUGCCCAUGAUCAGCUCUAUUUACAGGUCAUGGAGUCCCACAUGAUCACCGUGGGAAGGCUGACUUCAACAACCUCAAGGUCAAAGCAAGGCCAACUUCGGCAUCAAGCCCCCAGCCUCUGGCCUUGGCACAAGAGGCCUCGCCAAGGCAACCAAGUGGCACUUCCUCCAACUCGCCCUCCUCUUAUCCCUCGGCCUCUCUAAGAUCCUUGCGAAAGUCUUCCCUAUCCCCUUUGCCUUGCCAAGUCCAACUAUUACUUCAUCACCAUGGUCAAGUUGGUGCUCGAUGCCAUCGUGAUGCUCGAGCUAUCCAAGAAUGAGAGAUGCCACAACCUCCUCUUCACCACCUUGUUCAACAAUUAUAGUGGCAUGAAUGUGAUGCUCUUGAUGAUCCUACAGUGGUCGGGGAUGGUUGACUCCAAGAUCCAUGCCCGGUUAACCGAGGAGUUUCGGCUGGCACGACCAUCGAGGGUUGGAAAGUAAUGCCGGUAGCGACAAAGAAGAUGGAGCUGACAUAGUCGGUAGUGUACGAAGUGAAGAAGGGGGAGAUGAUGUUCGUGGUACCGACCCUUGGUGACAUGGGACAAGAAGAGUUUUGACCAUGGUUAGGGAGCUCAUCUUGGACCAGUUCGCUGGGACAACAUUCGUAGCUCCUCAAGUACAUGGUGUGGUCCAACGGCCUGGAGAUGGAAGCCUAUCAUUGUGGAACAAGCGGUGCAGAAGGAGCUGGUGGUGUUGGUGGGAAAGCUGUUGCUUGUGGAGUUGUUCCUUUGUUACGAUAACUUCAUUGCGGAGCUAAAGCAUUGGAAUUGUUUCUGCAAGAUCUUUGUGACAGAACAUAUGACAUAACUCUUCAGAGAGGAAUGAAGACAAUGAGUGCUUUGCAUUUGAAGCAGUGCGUGCAUAGUUUUAACGUGUUUGACUUCCUGAAGGAUAUAGUGAGCAAGGUUCCAGACAUGGGAACUUCUGAUGCUGGUGGCGAUGACAGAUCUGCCAAGAGAAGGAAAGCUGCAGAUGAUGACAAUGAUAAUGAGGAGUUGAAGCGAAGUAGAGCUCAUGAGGGGCCAGUGGGUCACAAUGGUGGCGGCAGAGGACGGGGGCGGGGACGUGGGAGAGGACGUGGUGCCCGAGGUGCUCGUGGUGCUGAUAAGGAUGGUGCUCAUUAUGACAAAUAUGAAGAUGACCCUGGCUCGCCUCCUCAACACAGUGACAGACCACCUCAUGUGAAAUCGGAAAUGAUGGAUGAUGGCGUAAGCGCAAGAGAAUCAAAGGAAACCACAGUUAGCUGUAGUAACACAGGUUCUGCCAUCCGGAACUUUGACUUGAAUUUGGAUUUGGAUGAGAAUGGAGACACACCUACAGCUGCAGUCACAGCCACGGGUACCACCAAAGCAACAGCCGCAGCCGCAUCUGCAUCCUCUGAGACAGAUCAGGGAAUGAAGCAUGGUGAGUACCCGGGCUGGUCGCUGGCUGAUGUGGACACAAUGGCCAUCGAUCCUAUUCAGUUUGCACUAUCAGACCAAAGAUUAGAUGAAGAGGAAGAGGAUUAUGAUAAUGAAGACAGUUGAUCGGCGUAUACAUCUCACCGUCCCAACAGAUUUAUAGGUAGAUCUGAUCUGACUCUAAUAUAGAUGAUGGCAGCUGCCCUCCCACCUCUUGAGACAAACUCAAGAGCUCAGGGAAUGGGCUGAAUGAUGUUAUAAACUACAAAUACACAUUGGGGUGGAAGUGUUAGAAACUGUGUUAGUUUUAGUAACUAAUUGUCACAGGAACAGUUCAUUUGAUUUGGAUGUUCCGAUCGUCGUGCUUGAUUCCGGCGAUGGGAAAACCUUAUCAACAAGAGCAGACUGCUAUUAAAGCAGGUAAAACAAGUCAUUUGGGGUUGGAGUGCAGAUCUUGUGCGACCGAUUUUAUUUGGAGUUAAUUUAGGUUGGGCCUCUUUCCAUCUUGAUGAUCGAAGGUGCAACUAGGUUGUGGUUAGGUUUCUUUACAUUUUAUGGUCUGAUGAACUCUUUAUUUAUUUAUUUAUUUAUUUUUGUGGUGGAGAAUAUACCUUUUCAAUAUAUGCUAAAAAGGGGUGGACUUUGCUCUGCCAGUCUGCUGCUGCCGGAGCCCGGCAGGUGGAACAGAGGUAAUGUUUAAAUUCUCAGAUAUACGUUGUCGGACUGCGAAAUCCUUUACUGGUGUACUCCACUCAUAACUGGGCCUUGCUACAGCUUCCAUCUUCUAAAAUGAAGGCUACGGAUUUACUCACAUUUGUCCAAAAGCUUUCCACUUCAUGGGUAAUUAAGGGAAGCCAUUUGACAGCAGCCCCUACAAAGCAAGAAACAACUUUCAUUUCAUUUCUAUCAAAGCAAGAAAUUUUAUGAUAUGCAGGUUUCUUAAUUUCAUUUCUGUUGGUUCAAGGCUAGCUAUCGUGAUAGACGUGUAAUUUGAUAGCCAACUUGCUCGAUUCUCAUUUUUCCUCUUGUUCACAUCUCAUCCAAGGAUGCAGGGCAAGUGAAUAUAGCAUAGACCGAGGGAGGUGAAAGCUAAAGAGAAAGGUGGUGAUUGUCAUGCAUGGUGAGCCAUUUGGUACAAAUAAACAAGUAGUUACAUUUAUCUUGUCACUACCCAAAAUUGAAGAGUAGGAUAAUUACACUUAUUUUACUACUACACAUACUAGCAUCAAAAAUAGAAAAAAUGGAACAACUGUUCAGAAUAUAAGAGUAGAAUAUAGGAGUAGGGGAAGAAAGAUGACUUUCAUGUAUGAUGGUAUUGGCUUACAUAGCGCAAACUGUCAAGGAUAGCUGUCAAGGUGAAUUGGUGUCAAUUAUCCUAGCAAGUGACAGGAGUCAUUUAUAAAUAUCAGGUUGUAAUGCUAAAAAAAAUGGGACGUUUUGGCUGAUUCAUCUGUCUGAAGAAAGUUAUCUUUAUUUUUAUUUUUAAGUUAUAUUUGCUUUUACUUUUCGAAUUUUAUGCUUUGUUUCUAAGUAGAAUUCUAGUUUAUCCAUAAAAAUAGUAGUAGAAUACUUUGUAGCCCCGUCUACACUCUACUUUUUUUCUUCUCAAUAAACAAUAUGAUGGUAGCGAAAAUUUUUGAAGGUCAAGAUAUCUAUAUCCAAGAUACUAUCAUUAUUCUUCUUAUUCUAUCCUCUUUCUAGCUAGUUUAAUGCUGGUGGCACGCCCAUGCAAAGCCUAUCCAUAAGACUUGCCAUUCUUCUCCCAACCAAUAGGACGAGGUGACAAGAAGUUUGUGGCACGUCUGAUAGAGCUUGUUUGUAAAUAAGGUUUUUGGCAUACCUGGUGUGACAAUCACAUAGCUACCAUCAAUGCCGUUGCAGAAAGAGAUUAAUGAAGCAAUUGCGAGUAAAGUGACCACUGUGCUGGCAUCGCUUGUGGAGUGAUACAUUGCAUCUUCGAUUUUGAUGGCGGAACAGGUAAAAAAUUUGCUUCUUUUAUUGAGAGUCAAUACAAUACAAUGCAACAUGAAUCAAUGCAUGCUAUGAUAAACUUUUGAUCAUUCUCCAAUGAAAAGUAAAUGGCCCUUGGGCUCCUUAAUCUCUUUA